AUGUCUCGUCCCCCCCGGCGGCCUAGACCGCAAUACACGCCGCCGUCGUCUUCGGAGUUCAUCCAGGCGCCCCAGUAUGCUUCUUCCCGGUCGACAUACCCCACAUUUCUAUCUCUACAAGAGACUGCCUGGCUGCAGCUGUCGUGUGCCGGUCGCGGGCUCGUCGAUGCGUUCAGAUGGGACACAGUUGUUAGACUCGCCGCCAGCGACUCUGAGGUCCGAUCGAAUGUAUUCAAGUCCCUCAUGCUGAACACGGUCUCGUUGGUGUCUAUCUACUUCUUUGAUUGGCUACUCCUUCCAUUGGCGCAAUCGCAGCAAAAGUGGUUUCAUCGAAACCUUGGGUGGUUCUAUCAGGUCCUCUGGCUGCUCCCGGUCGUCGGGAUAUCCUUCUAUCUCAACAGCUCAUGGUGCACGCUCAUAGCCAAACGCACCUUCACUAUUCAACAUGGCACCCGCGCUGCUGCGCAGCCGCCGUCUACCUAUAGCGGCAUGCUCAACGCGCUCGCAACGUCGGCGUAUCGCGCGGUGAUGGUGUUUACUUCUGUCGUCCUUUCAUUCGCCCUUUCCUACGUUCCCUAUGUUGGGCCACCAGCAGGAUUCGCAUUCCUAUGCUGGGUUGAUGCUUAUUAUUGCUUUGAGUUUAUUUGGAUCGCACGCGGGCUAUCGUUAUCGCGACGCGUACGGCAUCUAGAGGAACGGUGGGCGUAUUACUUUGCCUUCGGACUACCCUCCGCAGCAUUAUGCACAUGGGGCAGCAGUCUCGCGAACGCUGCUCUGUUUGCCUUAUUCUUCCCCGCGUACAUCAUUAUGGCGAUGUAUGCUAAGCCGGUCCCACUGGAUCCAUAUGACCCCACAUCAUCGGCCAGAGGCGGGUCCGGGAAUGAUGACACGAUUCAUUAUCCUUCGCCGCUCAUCCCGAUCCGCAUACCGGUCUUCGCGCCCGUGAUUUUCUUGAACGAUUGGAUCGUCCGAAUACUCAGCGUCGGCGCCGGAGGAAGUGCUAGUGCGAGUUAUAGCGGCAGCGGCCGGGGUGGAGCAAGACAUCAACGCGCUCCUAGUGAUGGCGCAGAGAGCAUUGAAGAGGGCGAGGCGGUGGACAUGGACACAAUGAGCGCGAGAAGUCCAGCCGGUGACACUGGGAGGGUGAGGAUACGGGGACUUGGCCAGUCCGUACCUGCUGCGAGGACAGGGCGGAAGUUUGAUUAGC